AACGGGGUUGGUUUUUGUAUUGCAAAAGAGGAAGUUGCGCAGUAAACCUUGUAACCAGCAGGCUGGCUGUAUUGUUGGGCCGCCCCAAGCACUAAAAAGAAGAACAGGAAUAAGCGCGUUUAGUAUUAUAUGUUUUGUGUGUCUUUAUAAACUUGUGAGAUAAAUAACGUAGGUGAGCAUAUAUUAAAUUACAAAUAGUAACGCUAAAGACAAGUUGUCGUGACCAACAGUCCUAGAAGCAUGUCAACGUUUGACAGCUAGCUAAGUAAAAUUAGCUUUAUGCCUUCAUUCUUCAAGAAAAGCUAAUAAGUUAGCCAUCCGCUGCAACGUUAGCAACUGGAGAACCUAGCCACGAAACGCUCGACACAGAAAGCAAUAAACUUUGCAGAUUUCUCCAGUGUUGUAGCAAGUGUUAGAUGUACCAUAAAACGAGAUUUCUGUAUUUAACCUAACAGCAAAUUAAACUCUACAACCAUGGCGUUGACCUACCAAUCCGAGGUAGCUGAUUUGAUGAUAAGCCUAAAACAUUAUACUUGGUAACGAUAAUCGAAAACGCGUUUUAUUCGAGCACGGUAAAAGUAACUCAGUUUAACGUUAUUGCAAGCGACGCCAACCUUUGGCUUUGUUAUGUAAUGUUAAUUUCCCUUGGAGUCUCCACCUAAGUAGGCGAGCAGAUCAUGAUGAGCCCCCUCUGUGGUUGCGUUAGCCUGCAACACGUCAGCUAACGUUAGCUACAGAUUUGGAUAGCCGGGUAGCUAAUGUUGUCUUAUUACUCUACUUAAUCCGAGACCAAGGAAACUGAAGAAAGCAUCUCAGCCAGCUAAACAUGACUUCAGAGGAGGGAUCGCUGCGUGCACUGGAGAGUCUUAUGACGGAGUUCUUUCACAGCUGUACGACCAAUGAGCGAAAGAGAGAAAUAGAAGAGCUGCUGAAUAACUUUGCACAGCAGACUGGAGCAUGGCGGCAUUGUUUGUUCUUCCUUUCCAAUACUCAGAAUGAGUAUGUAAUGAUGUACAGCCUCACAGUAUUUGAAAACUUGGUGAACAAGAUGUGGAUUGGCAUUGCUUCACAAGACAAGAUGGAGAUUCGCAGCUGUCUGCCCAAGCUCCUACUUGCUCAGCACAAAUCAGUGCCCUAUUUCAUCCGUAACAAACUCUGCAAAGUCAUUGUGGACAUUGGUCGCCAGGACUGGCCAAUGUUCUACCAUGAUUUCUUUACAAACACCCUUCAGUUGAUCCAGUCACCAUCUUUGGCUCAGCUGGGGUUAGUAAUGUUGAAAACCACAUCAGAGGAACUUGCAUGUCCCCGAGAAGACCUGAGUGUGGCUAGGAAAGAUGAGCUGCGUAAACUUCUGCUGGAGCAGGUACCAACAGUGCUUGGACUGUUGACAGGUAUCCUGGAGACCUACUGGGACAAGCACAGUGUCAUAGCUUCCACCCCACCUCCCUCACCCACCUCAGGGGAAAACAUGGAGUUGCUGGGCACAUUGUUUCAGGGCAGCCAAUACUCAAAGCUACUUUGCCAACCCAUGGCAGCAUUGGACAGUGAGAGUCAGCAUCUCUGUUGUCUUGUUUUGGAGUGUUUGGCUCACCUGUUUAGCUGGAUCCCUCUGUCCACAAGUAUCACACCCACCCUGCUGGCAUCCAUUUUCCAUUUUGCACGUUUUGGUUGUGAUCUUCGGACAAAGCAUAAGGCAGGAUCCUUUAUUUCUUCAAACUCCUCCUCUUCUAAUGGGCAGCUUAAUCCUGGGACAGUGCCACUAAUAUCGAAUGGAGAGGGGCGACAUGGACAGCAGAGAGAGGGCAGUAAGGUCGACCGUGCCCGGCUUGGUGUACUUGCCAUGACUUGUGUCAAUGAACUGAUUUCAAAGAACUGUGUGCCAAUGGACUUUGAGGAGUACCUGCUGCGCAUGUUCCAGCAGACCUUCUUUAUCCUGCAGAGGCUGACACGAGAGAAUAACGCUCAUACUGUCAAGAGCCGCCUACAGGAACUUGAUGAGAAUUACUUGGAAAAGUUCACAGAUUUUCUGCGCCUGUUUGUCAGUGUUCACUUGAGGCGGAUCGAGUCCAGUCCUCAGUUUCCAAUUGUAGAGUUUCUUGCCCUGCUUUUCAAGUACACCUUCAACCAGCCUACCCAUGAAGGCUACUUUGCCUGUUUGGAUAUUUGGAGUGUGUUUUUGGACUUUCUAACAACCAAAAUCAAAAGCAGGCUAGCAGACAGAGAAAGCGUCCUAGACAGGUACAGAGAUGCCUUAGUUCUCCUCUUUAGGGAAGUUCUGAAUCGGAUACAGUUCAGAUACAACCAGGCCCAGUUAGAAGAGCUCGAUGAUGAGACUCUGGAUGAUGAUCAACAAACCGAGUGGCAAAGGUACCUGCGUCAAAGUCUGGAGGUGGUUGCCAAGGUGAUGGAGCUGUUCCCAUCCCAUGCGUUCUCUACAUUGUUUCCAGUCCUUCAAGAAAAUUUGGACGUAUACCUGGGCUUACAGCAGUUUAUUGUCACCACUGGCACUGGUCGGAGGCUCACUAUAACGGCAGAGAAUGACUGCAGACGACUUCACUGUUCUCUCAGGGAUCUUAGCUCCCUGCUUCAAGCUGUCGGACGCUUGGCUGAGCAUUUCAUUGGAGAAGUUUUUGCUGAACGUUUCAGUGAUGGCCUGGCAGUGGUGGAGAGGUUGGUUGAAGUGACUUGCUAUGGCUCUCAGAUCAGCCUUUACGACCUGGAGACUGCUGUGCCUUCUGUACUCAAGCCAGACCUCAUUGACGUACAUGCACAAGCCCUUUCUGCUUUGCAAGCCUACUCUCAUUGGCUUGCACAGUUCUACAGUGAAGUCCACAAUCAAAACCAGAGCCAGUUCAUCAGACUCAUCACAUCUGCAGUGGAUGCCAGUAGUCCACUCAUCACAGCCAAGGUACCUGAAAAGUUGCUGCUCUCCGCAUGCCAUCUGAUGGUUUCCAUCACAUCUACCGUGAGACCUGUUUUCUUGGUUACUUUGACAGCUGUUCAGAACAUUUUCAACCUCAUAACUGCAGCGAAUCAGACCCACAGACUUCCUCAAGAGGCUCACAUGUUGGUAUGUAGGGCUUUAUCCAACAUGCUGCUGCUCCCGUGGCCAAAUUUAUCAGAGAGUGAGCAGCAGUGGCAAACGCGCUCCAACAGUCAUGCCAACCUAGUGGCAGCCCUCACUCAAGAAUAUCGUACUUUAAGAGGGACAGUGAACAUUACUCCACGGCGACCUGAUCUGGAUGACAUGAAAGCAGUGAUAGAACAGACCCUGCCUGUGCUCAGAGACCUAGUGGACAGCAUCUCUGGGGAGUCCACUAAAUCACGUCAGAUCUGUUAUCAGAGUCUUCAGGAAUCUGUCCAAGUGUCCCUCAGCCUUUUCCCAGUGUUUAUUCAGCAGACAGAUGUGACCGAUGAGAUGUUGGCCUUCUUCUUGACGCUGUUUCAGGCAUUGAGAGUCCAGAUGGGUGCUGCCUUCACAGGACAGAUCAUCCACACUUUCCUCAGCAUGUUUACCAGGGAACAGCUUGCGGCCAGUGUUUUGCACGAGGGCAGUGCCGGGUGUAGAGUGGUACAGAAGUUCCUAAAAAUCCUGCAGUUGGUGGUGCAAGAGCCCGGUCAAGCUUUCAAGCCCUUCCUGCCCAGCAUCCUCUCUCUGUGCAUGGAACAGGUUUACCUAGUGGUGACAGAGGUCACGACAGAAAUAAAAUUGUCCCUGUAUCCAACCAUCAUACUGCUACUUGUAACCCGUGGACAGACCCCAUUGUCAUUCUUCUGUUUUACUGUGCUUCAGAAGCUUUUUCGGACCUCGAUGCUCUUCCACUUCAUCAAUGUGCUGCUGCAGGUCCUUCUUAACAAAAGCCACGACCUUCUUCAGGAGGAAAUCACCCUUGCUAUUUACAACAUGGCCUCUGUCGACUUCGAUGCCUUCUACUCGGCCUUCAUGCCAGAGUUUCUCAGUAAUUGCCAGGGUGUCGACACCAGCCAGCGAGCUGUUCUUGCACGCAACUUCAAGCUUGAACGGGACCUGCCUUCGUUCACUCAAAGCGUGCAGCGGCUGGUGAACGACCUUCGCUACUACAGACUGUGUAAUAGUAGCCUGCCCACUGGCACCAUCAAGCUAUAGCACAACGGCUGCUUGAACCUCUCCACACAUUAAGUAUGAUCUUCAGAGACAGCCUGUGCUGCACCUAUUUAAAGUAAUAGGAAGGAACAACACACGUGACAUAGUUGAGCCAGUGGAGGCUGAGGAUGCUGCUGUUUUUUCUUUUUUUUUUGUUUAUUAACUUACUGUAGAGGGUUGGCGCAUCAUUUUUUAAAAGGCAGUGCCCUCAUGUGUUGCCAAUGAAAAUUUGACAAGAAUUGUAAACCUGGUCUGCAGUUGGCUUUUGCCCAGACCUGGAGCAGUCUGAGCCAGGCCUUCUUUCCCGUGUCUCUGCAACAAAGCUGGGCUGGGACUGAGCACUUUUAACUCAUUUUGAGUUUUUUUAAAUGUCUGCUUUUAUUCAUUUUGCCUUCAAAUUGUUUUCAUCUCCAAAGGAGACAGACUCUCAACUUAAGAUCUUUCAUAUCAUUCCAUUCUGAAAGAGAAAAAACCUGCUUGAAUAAAUAAAGUGCUUUUUUAGUAAAACUCAGGUACUGAAUAAUUCAUUCAUGCUUUUAUUGACCUGUGUGCUCUACUCUCUGUGUUGUUAGUGUUAUUUUUAUGAAUAAUGGUUGCGUUAUGAGAUUCCUCUGAACUUUCUGUAUGUUUACACUGUUUUGCUUUUCCACUUGUAAAUGGCAUCUUUUAAAAUUUCUUUCAACUGCAAUUCAUCUUUCAAAUUUCU